AUCCUAUUCUUCAUUCCAAAUGUUCAACCCCCCUAAUAAACAUCUCAUCACAAAUCCUAAACACAAGUAUCAUUCAAACAAUGUUUCACUACUCGAUUAAAAAGAGAUACACCUCACAAAAACAUGUUGAUCUACAUUCUUAUGACCUACCAAUCACCGCUCUCCCUAUCACCGCUCUCCCAUCCCAGCAAAUACCUAUCACUUACGAACAACGUACCCGCAUUCACCGACUGUGCAUAUCCCAUAGAACUAACCGAACACAAGGGAAUAACACUCGCUAACAAUCAGCUGUGUGUAAACGGUGAGAGCAUAACGAUCCAUUGCACCGAUAAGAACGUAACAGAUUUUAAAGUGGAGAACUCGAAUAAGUACGUAAUGCUAAAGAACAAUGGGAAAUGCUUAACGAUUGUUAAGAUGAUUGAUCAGUACUUGCCGAUAUUAGAUGAGUGUAGCUUUCUGGAUUCGCAGCUGUUUGUGGUGGGUGAUGGCACCAUGUGUGAGAGUGAAGGGCGCAGGUUAUCUGAGCCGGUGAUUACCUAUGGAAGCGGUAAGGGAGUGCAGUACUACGAAGAUGGAGGAUUAACGGUUGAUUGUGAUAAUUUGGAUGAGGCGAUGAAAGAGAGGUAUAAAGAUAGGUGUAAGGUUGCUGGUGAGGGUGGUGAGAAGGUUGUUAUGCCUAGUGGGAGUGAUAUGCCAAGCGGAGGUGCUAUGCCAAGCGGUGUUGCUAUGCCAAGCGGAGGUGCUAUGCCAAGCGGUGUUGCUAUGCCAAGCGGUGUUGCUAUGCCAAGCGGAGGUGCUAUGCCAAGCGGAGGUGCUAUGCCAAGCGGUGUUGCUAUGCCAAGCGGAGGUGCUAUGCCAAGCGGUGUUGCUAUGCCAAGCGGAGGUGCUAUGCUAAGCGGUGUUGCUACGCCUGGUACCACAGGUGGUAGCACGCCCGCUAACAUUAAUAAUACUGGCAAUGCGACUGGUGGCACUGCUACCAACAAUACAGGAAGUGCUAAUACAAGUGGUACUACCACUGUUCCUGUUACUGCUCCCAACACCCCCACAGCACCUCAGAGUGCACCAUCCCUUCCACCCGUACAACCUUCGCCUUACACGCAAUUACUGCCAGUUCAACCAACAGCAACGGUUACCCUAUCACCAAUUAAUACUCCCUCCUUUACCAGACCAGUUCAAGUACAGCAGAACAAACCUAACGAGUGCCUGUCACCGUGCGUAUUUAGAAUUGAAAUGGGAGGAAGGGGCGUGUGCAUUUGUUAUAAUGCUGGUGGUAAUGGUGUGUCUGGAAAUGGAUCAGCGGUUGGUAUGCCUGGUUUUGGCAUUGCUAGUUCUGUUACUGGUCCAUCCAUGGCAGGGGGUGUCAAUACUCCUGCAGCAGGCCCAUCCAUGGCAGGGGGUGUCAAUACUCCUACAACUGGUGCAUCCAUGGCAGGAGGUGUCAAUACUCCUACAACUGGUGCAUCCACAGCAGGCAGUGUCAAUACUCCUACAGCAGCACAACCAAGCAGUCCUGCCAUAUCUUAUCCCGCGGCACCAACCAAUCCCACCCCUUCACUACCCUUUCAACUGCCUUUCACACCCUCAAACACAAACAUCCAGCCAUUCAAAAUACCAACGAUCUACUUAGACGACGAAACAUUCAAAUCCCUGAAAAUGAGUGCGCCAUCCCAGCCCUUCCACAUGCAAUGCUGUUCCACCAUGGCAUGUCCGUGCAUACCAAUUAUUAACGUGUAUCCUAUCAUCAAUUUGGACGUUGAAGGACUGUUUAGAAAGUUGAAAGAUAGAAUGAAGCAGUAG